AUGGCAGCGCUCGGCCACCCCGCCGCCUUCGGCCGGGCCACGCACGCCGUGGUGCGGGCGCUGCCCGAGUCCCUGUGCCGCCACGCGCUCCGGCGCGCCCAGGGCGACGAGGUGGACUUCGCGCGCGCCGAGCGGCAGCACCAGCUGUACGUGGGCGUGCUGGGCAGCAAGCUGGGGCUGCAGGUGGUGCGGCUGCCGGCCGACGAGAGCCUGCCCGACUGCGCCUUCGUGGAGGACGUGGCUGUGGUGUGCGAGGACACGGCCCUCAUCACCCGGCCCGGGGCGCCCAGCCGGAGGAAGGAGGUUGACAUGAUGAAAGAAGCAUUAGAAAAACUUCAGCUCAAUCUAGUAGAGAUGAAAGAUGAAAAUGCAACCUUAGAUGGUGGAGACGUCUUAUUCACAGGCAGAGAAUUUUUUGUGGGCCUUUCCAAAAGGACAAAUCAACGAGGUGCUGAAAUCUUGGCUGAUACUUUUAAGGACUAUGCGGUCUCCACAGUCCCGGUGGCUGAUGCUUUGCAUUUGAAGAGUUUCUGCAGCAUGGCUGGGCCUAACCUAAUCGCAAUUGGAUCCAGUGAAUCUGCCCAGAAGGCUCUAAAGAUCAUGCAACAGAUGAGUGACCACCGCUAUGACAAACUCACUGUGCCUGAUGACAUGGCCGCAAACUGUAUAUACCUAAAUAUUCCCAGCAAAGGCCACGUCUUGCUACAUCGAACCCCAGAAGAAUAUCCAGAAAGUGCAAAGGUUUAUGAAAAGCUGAAGGACCAUAUGCUGAUCCCCGUGAGCCAUUCUGAACUGGAAAAGGUGGACGGGCUGCUCACAUGCAGCUCGAUUUUAAUUAACAAGAAGGUAGACUCCUGAGUGGAAGUCCCUCCCUUGUAGCCGGCAGUACUGCACUCACAAGGCCGAUUACUGUACCACUCUUGUGUUCAUUGACAAUCUACUGUGCCACUGUGCUACUAACUCUGGUUUACAAAAGUCUAAUUAUAAGUUUGCUUCGUUAUGCACCUUCCCCUCCCUCCCCUCCCAGUGGUACCUAAACUGUGGGUUUUGCUAAAUGAAUUAAGCAAUCUAGAAAAUAUAGAGCUAAUGAAUUACUGAACUGUGAUUAAUAUUAGUAAAGAAACACUCAUUUUAGUGUUUGUAUUAUCAGUGUGAAUUUAUAGGUGCUGUUUAGUUGCCAGUAUAUGCUAAAGAAUGUCUUCUUGAUCAGUCAGAUUGGCCAGGGUUUUGGUUUUGUUUUUUUUUUUUUCCUCUGUAUAAUUAAUCAUCUUUGGUUCCUAUGAAAUUCCCUGGUCCCUGGAUUCUCCAUCUUUCCUUCUUUUUUUUUUCAUCUGAACUCUGGAAAGUUUGUUUCCUCUUACUUUCUUUUGCCUUUUCCCAUUUCUAUUACCUUGGGUAAAAUCUAUGGUCUUCCUUCUGGCUACCUUCCUACAGGUCCCUCCUCUCUGCCACAUUAGCCUCCUCUGGCCCAUGGCUACAUCUUCAGCCACCACCUUCACCCUCCCCAAGAAGGGUAAAUGAGUCCCCCAGGAGAACUGUGAACAAAAUCUGGGAGAGAGUUAACUAUGCAGAGGAAUAUCCUGACAGAAGUUGCCCCAAAGAUCUAAAUCCCAGAAGAAGUAGGGCACCACACCUCAGAAGGUAAAUUCAGCUCCAGAGGGUUACUGAGGAUUGUAGAUCAAAAAGCUUGGAAACACCCAUGGGUGUAUCUCAGAAAGUCUUUAAGUCACAUUCCAUGAAUUUUUGCUUCACUGCUGACCAUUUAUGGACCUUGGGGAAUAGUCUUAUUUUUUUCCUUAUGUCUAUUCCCACCCCCAUUCAUUGGGAUUCACCCUGCUUCCAGCCUUCUACCCCCUGCAAUUAUCCGGGUCUAGCAAAGUUACUUCUUUCAAAAGAAACAUUACAUCUAAAAAUGAUUAUUGAUGAUCUAGUGAGAGCCAGAUGGAGCAUGUUCAGGAAGUGAUCAGUUUGGUGCUUGAAACCACAGACAAUGGACAAUUCUACUUUGAAAUAUCUAUGAAUAUAUACUGUGGAAUUCAAGUAAAACUUCUUUCCUCUCUGUUUUUUAAAUUACACAACCUGAAAUUGAUGCUGGCCUCUUACAAAGAACAAUGCCGCACUGAACGGAGAGAUCAUUGUCUUUUACUUACACCUGAAAGAAUCAGCCUUUUAGCAGGCCAGGGAAAUGGUACUUUCCAAGGAAUGGUGACUGAUCCAGGCAUGUUAUCAAACUUCCUAGUCAUCUCCACCUUUCCUGAAUUGCCUGUAGCUUGUUGUUCGAGAUUAACAAUCAGGGAGAUUAAGAAAUACGACUUCAAGUCUUGCUGUGCUUACCUAUGUGGUUUUUUUUUUUUUAAGAUGUAUUAAUUUAUUUGAGAGAGAGAGAGAAAGAGAGAGAGUGCAUACACAUGGAUGGGGGGAGGGUCAGAAAGAGAAAAUCUCAAGCAGACUCCCCACUGAGUGUGGAAACUCUGGAGGGAGGGGGUGGGGGUAGCCAGGGGUUGAUCUCAAAACGAGCCAAAAUCAGGAGUCAGAUGCUUAACUGACUGAGCCACCUUACCUAUAUAUUUCUGACCAAACACUUCUUAUGUCUGGUGACCAAGAUAGAAUUCCCUCCAUUCAUAUAUCCCCUUAGUAAAUGAAAGUGAUAAGCCUCUGGGAAAACCAAAACACCCUUAACCACUACCAUCUUUUUCAUUUAUUUGAUGACUUUUAUGCCAGAAUAUGAAGAAAUUCCUUCUCCUCCUUUUUGCUUAACUUUACGUUCAUUUCACAUACAGAUAUCUUAGUUCUAGCAUCCUGUGAAUGAACGAUAUCUUGGUCACUUAUUUCGAAUUGCUUCAUCAUGGGUAAAUAGUAUGUUUUUAACAGAGAGAAAACGAAUGUUGCUCACAUGCUCAAGGUUAUAAGGAAAAAUUGUCUUCCACAUUUAUGGCUGCCCUUUUGGGUUAAAUCUGGCCAUGUGCUGGCAAAAACAGAACUUCUCCCUGGGGGAGUCUAGCAUCUCAGAAACCACCUUGUGAGAGUUAACCCAAUCAGCCACCUUAGGCUUACUAUUAAAGCUAAGUAGCAUAUAAUUUUCAAUAUCUUUACUUCUAUCAUCCAGAUUGAAGAACUGUAUUAUUGAGUCAAUUGCAAAUGAAUAGAUUUUUCUCUUGAACAAUUUGUUCUACAGAAGGCUGUUUUUCACUUUUCCUUUCCUUUGCUUCUUUUCCUCUUCACUGACUCUGUCUCAAGAAAUCACUUUAGAAUCUAUGUGCCUCCUCCCCAGAAUUGUAUUCUUUGCUACGUCACUGACUAGACUGUCUUCUUUGGACUCCUUAUGUGAUGUGACGACGUGAAAACCCCAAAUAUCUGCAGCAUAGUAGUAGUAUUUUUUUGAUGUUCUCAUCAGCAUAACAUUAUAUUUGCAGAGGAAAGAUGACCCCAUUAUAUAGGUUCUCCUCUAGUCUAUUGUGAUUUAUAAGGAUAAACUAACAGAAGCUGCUCUUUGACCUUGUAAAGACAUUAGAAAUUGUAUUAAAGUAAGGAAAAGUUAGGUCAGAAUUACUUGGUUAGUAAGAUUCAAUCUAACAAGGGCAAUAUAAAGAAAGUACAUUAUUUAGCAUUACUUCUUCAACUAUAAUGGAUUGCUAUAGAAAUCAACAGGCAGAUCUCCAAUGUGUAUGGAUUGCUCUUUAAGCUACUGUGAACAGGUUACUAAGGCUAUCUCUUCAUCUCUAAGGGUGAAAUAGUCUAUAGAUGAAUAAUAUGACUUAUAUAGAGUUGCAUGUUAGUCUUUGUGAUUAUUUACUCGUUAACAUUCUACAGAACUCAGCCAUGAUUUCAACAUUGUGUUAGAUUUGUGCAUUUUGUUUUACUGACCAUCACAUUCUAGCCAAUGUAUGGUUAUCCACUCUGUGUGCCAAAACCAGUCAUGCCUUUCACGGCCCUUUAGUCCAGAGAAGUUCUGCACUGAUUUUAGUCUCUUGCUGUCCUGAUCCUACAAGUAUACCAAUCACGAUGGAAUAAAGUGUGAAUUGUACUGUGA